ACGGGCAGAAGAGGGCCCGAUCGCUAAGUAUGAGAAGGUCUGCCACCUACCCUACCGAUGUAAAACUCUCCCCAUUUCAUUUCACCCCCAGAAAGGGUCUCCAAAUAAGCCCCGCCAGCAUUGGGGUUCAGCGCCGGACCGUAUUUCCUUUGCCCCCGCACCGUUCCCCCGAGGAUAAUAAGAGGAGAACCAUUUCCGGCUGCGACACAGGGCGGAAGGACUCUGUUUGGGUGAGGGACUGUACGGCACUUCCGUGCGCCUGGCUGGGCCGCCAGCCCGGACCGCCGGCUUCGGAAAUGGGGUCCGCCGGCCUGGCGCGGUUGCACGGGCUCUUUGCGGCCUACAAGCCCCCGGGGCUGCACUGGAAGCACCUGCGGGAUGCCGUCGAGACGCAGCUCCUGAAGGGUCUCAAUGCCCGGAAGCCUCGUGCCCCUGAACAGCGUGUUCGCUUCCUGCUGGGCCCUGCGGAAGGCAGCGGGGAGAAGGAGCUGACCCUCACAGCCACCAGUGUGCCCGCCCUCGCCAGCCAUCCGCUGGUAUGCGGACCAGCUUUCACCAGCCUGAAGGUUGGCGUGGGACACCGGCUGGAUGUCCAGGCCUCUGGGGUGCUUGUGCUCGGCGUGGGACGUGGGCGCAGCCUUCUCACCGACAUGUACAACGCUCACCUCACCAAGGAUUACACAGUCCGCGGCCUCCUGGGCAAAGCCACGGACGACUUCUCGGAGGAUGGGCGGCUGGUGGAGAAGACGACGUAUGACCACGUCACCAGGGAGAAGCUGGACCGCAUCCUGGCCCUGAUCCAAGGCUCCCAUCAGAAGGCCCUGGUGAUGCACUCCAACCUUGACCUGCAGACCCAGGAGGCCUAUGAGAUGGCCGUGAAAGGCUUGAUCCGGCCCAUGAACAAGUCCCCGAUGCUGAUAGCCGGCAUCCGGUGCCUCCACUUUGCGCCUCCAGAAUUCCUCCUAGAGGUGCAGUGCCUGCACGAGACGCAGAAGCACCUGCGGAGGCUGGUGCACGAAAUCGGCCUGGAGCUGAAGACCACUGCUGUCUGCACCCAGGUGCGGCGCACGCGCGACGGCUUCUUCACCCUGGACGACGCCCUCCUGCGGACCCGGUGGGACCUACACAGCAUCCAGGACGCCAUCCGGGCCGCAGCCCCCCGGGUGGGAGCAGAGCUGGAGAAGAGCUUGGGGCCGGGGCCCGGCACCCAGCAGCUCCCUGGUCCAGGCUGGCAGUGGGACAGCGAUGGGCCGAGCUCUGCCUCGAAAGGCUGGACAGCGGCGGGGCAGCGGGCGGGUGCGGAUGAGGGUUGUUCCUGAGCCGGUGCGGGUGACCGUGCAGGGAGGAGGGGGAGCUCCGCCGCGAGUGACACGGAACUCGGAAGCCGCAAGAGAGGAGAGGAGAGGAGACCGAAAAGGAAAGACUUCUUUGUGUGUGGAGGAAAGGGCGUACACAUACUGGCAGUGCGCUUAGCGAAGAACUAAUGCCCGUAAUAUGUAAAGAGUUCUUAGAAAACAAGAAAGAUGACAAAUUGGGCAGAUGACACAAACUGUUUGUAAAAACACGAAAAGAAAUCCCAGUGGCCAGUAAGCCAGAAAUGACGCUCAGCCUUCUAGUAAUGAAAGACCUCCGGGGGAACAGAAGACGGCUUUUCCUUGCCUCUGGACAAAAGUGAUACAAAGAUAACACCCAGCACUGGUGGCGGGAGGAAACGGGUGAUCCCUGCCCCUACGAGUGUGAGUGACACGAUGGUGAGGAGCUAGGGAGAUCCCGGGCGGGUGGGGAAGGGGGCACUGCUCACACAGAAGUCGCAAGACCUCACUUCCCCUCCUCAAGGACACUCGAGAGCGAACGGGUCCCACCUCUCCUCCCAGACCAGAGAACACACAGCUUACAUCCCCCUGGUCUGGGAACUUCCCUGGACACUUGUGGCAGGUGUGAGACACUGCAGGUCCCGGGGGAGGGGCGGAGGAGGGGGGACCUAGAAGCUGGCUACAAGCUGAAGACCCCUAAGAAACACAAGAUAAACAGCCACCUUACGUUGAGCUUAUUCAGGGGCUUAAAGGAGGAGAGAAACGAGGCCGGGUGCUCCUGCAGGGAGGAAAUGAUGACCUUUCCUCAGCGCGCUGUAGUCACGGAAACACCAAGACACAGGAGCCUGUCCCCCGCCCUGACCCCAGCAGAAAGCCUGAGCACUCACUAGAGGGAGUGACUCCGGUUCUGAUCCCGAGUUUCUGCCCUCUGUCGGGCUGGAUACAUCUUACUCUCAUUA